GUCAUAGACAGCUGUCACGUCAAUGUCAGAUGCGGUCUAAACAAUUUCUGAGAAACUUUUCCUUAAAACUUGCGUUGUAUUUACCGUGGGAUUUUCUGCGUGUCUUACCGUCAAUGAAGUGUAAAUAGUGAAACAUCAAACGAUAAUUAAUUGUAAUGGAAGUUCUAAAAGAUUACGACAAUGCAGACACGAUCAGUAUUGAUACUUUGGCGCUUGAAGAACUUCUUGAAGAGGAAAGGGCGAGAGAAUUGGCAGACUUGCAUUCCUUGAGUAAAAAAGUGUGUCACCUCCAUACAAGUUUGCUGUAUUAUCGUAACUCAAAGUCUAAGAUGGGUGCAGCGAGCUAUGAAACGUGGAGGACACUGGUAAAGAAGGUUGGAGGCACUCCUGACGGUUGGAGGGAUCUUGGCUACAUUUUAGGCAUACCACAGGAUGAUUUGGAUUACAUAUCAAACUCAAUGAAAUAUGAACCAGACCCAACUAAUGUAGUACUUAAAGUGUUCAUGCAAGAUGAAGAUGCAACAUUGGACAAAAUCAUAGAUGCUUUCCUGAAGCUGAAACGCUACGACAUAUUAAAAGCACUUGAGCAGUCACUCCUCGAUCUCACACAAUGCUUUAACGAUAAACAAGAAGACAGUGGUUAUCAUAGCAAUAGCAAAAACGUACAGCGAGAAAUAAUAAGUUACAUGAAAAAUUUGGUCAACGAUUUACCACCCGCCUUAUCGAAAAAUAAAGACCACAACCAGCCAAAUCCGGUACCAAGAAUACCGUUAAAUCCAGUAGAUAUCAAUGUGCAAAAGGAUGGGCCAAUUCUGUUUCUCACAUAUGCGGAAGAUGGUUUACGGACAGCUUGUGAUAUUCAGCGAUUGGUUGCCGGUUGGGAUUCAGAUGUUACGGUGGUUAUGCUCAAUGAUAGAAGGGAUGAAGUUUAUCAGAAUCCAGAGAGGUUUAUUAGGGAGUAUGUGGAAAAGGCUGACUAUGUAGUACCAAUCCUUACGACGGGCUACCUAAGUGCAAUACGAACACACAACACCAGCGCACCAAGCACCAACGGCAACUUAGACCACAAAUACGUCAACUAUGUCUACAAUUUGAUCACCGGACAAUAUAUUUAUGCAGACGGGUGUCUAAAUAAGAAGGUUAGAAGUGUAUUGCCAGAAGGAGUGUUUGUGCCUUGGAUGUUGAUAUCGUCUUAUCCGGUAUUGAAACCGUGGACUUGUGAGUCUGAGUUUGAUAAACAGUUCAAAUCGUUUUUGGGCUUGACUGAUGGCUCAUAGAUAAAUGUAUUAUUGUAUUUGAAUUAUUUAGUAUUACUUUUUACAAAAUUGGGACUUAAAGUUUUGAGCGCGAAAUUACACUUGGGCUCCCAGAGAAAGACUGACUAGAGUUGAUUUUAACAUCUAGAGCGGGUAUUUCGAACUACCCACACUUGGUCUUUUGUGUCAACUUUAAAAUCCUGCACAUUAUCACUCACUAAACAAACCUUUAGUAUUCUAAGGGCCGGUACAGACUGACGGCAACUUGUACGAACGACGAAGAAAAUUACAAUCGGGUUGCAGACCGUCUGUAUCGGCCCUAAGUGAAUGUUAUCCUAUAACCAUAAUGAUUGCACCAAUUAUAUUUUAGUUUUAAUGGCUUUACGCCUAUUCCCGUUUUAUUAAAUAAUAACAAUGUGAUUGUGAAAGCGAAUAUAUUUUGCCUAUUAAUGUAUGCCGUGUGCUUGAUAUGUGUAGCAAUGAUUAUAUACUAAUUUAAUUAGCCGUUAGUGCCUUAAACUGUACUUUUUGGAAAUGGCGGCCAAGUAUUAUCAUGCCGCGAUCAGAAAGGGAUUAGAAAUAACAGAUUUCCAUACACUUACGUCAAAAUCAAUAUGGAUUGACAGCUAUCUCAAUCCCUUUCUAAUCGCGAUUCAGUAAUAUCAGUGUAGGACAUAGAUAUUAAGUGCCUUAUAGCUUUAUAUUUCUAAUACUGAAAAUGUAAUGAAAUGAGGCUUUACUUAGCCUUGCUUUUAUGAUGUCACAAAUGAAAUAAUAGUUCAAAUUGUAUAAGCUUAGUUUGAUUAUUUUUAUUUAAUAAGUAAUUAUUUAAACUUAAAUAAUAAUUCUUUGCCUCAAUGUACCUUAUUAUCAUUUAAGUAAUGAUUGGGUUGUGUGUUCAUAUUCUGGCAGUUCAAUUGUAUUAAUGUAAUAGUUUAAUUAUGAAUAAAACGCUUUUAUAUUUUGAA